GUGAUGUUGCCAAAAUUCCACAACAAACGACGUAAAACACAUAACACAAACAGCUGUGUAGCAAAGUAGUAUACCAGGUAUUUGAUUUCAAUAUGUUAGAUUUAUUUACAAUUUUUAGUAAAGGUGGAAUUGUUCUUUGGUGUUUCCAGGGAACAAGCCAAAUUUUUACUCCAUCAGUGAAUGCCUUAAUCAAAACUGUUCUCCUUCAGGAACGGACAGGAAGUAACUCUUUUGAUCACAAUGCACUUACACUGCAGUAUAAACUCGACAAUGAGUUUGAACUGGUGUUUGUGGUGGCAUACCAGAAGAUUCUCCAACUGUCAUAUGUAGACAAGUUCUUGGAUGACGUACAUCUAGAGUUCCGGGACAAAUACAAGGAUGACCUCAAGAACGGGAGAUAUUUCCAGGAAUUUGAAUUCUCAAGCAACUACUCAGAUGUCUUGCAAGCUGCAGAGCAGUGGAGUAAGAAGCAAGCACGCAUUCCAAAACAGAUGCGCACCUUCGAGGAGUCCCAGAAGUCGAAGAAAACGGUGGCAUCUAUGAUCGAACGGAAAGGGGACGAGAAAGAAUCAAAAAAGAAAGUGAAAGUGAUCGCAGAACCAGUUAAAAAAGAAGUGGUGAAAGAAGUUGCUGCUACAAAUGGAGAGUUAUCAAGCGAAGAAAUUAUAAUACAGAAUCGUCUUAAGUUUGCGCAAAAGAUGGGCUCUCCUAAUUCAAGGAAAACAAAAGCGAAGAGUCCAAAGCCAACCAAGGAAGGCAAGAAGCCAAGAGUGUGGGCUCUGGGAGGGGGUAACAAGGACCUCGGAGACUUGGACCGUACCAAGGACAAACCUCAGGAGGAUGGAGACGUACAGGCUGAUAUUAGUCUCGUUGGCAGUAUGAAAGGAGGUAUUCAAGAUCUGGAGGUCGAUAGUUCUUCUGAAGAUGAAGAAGACAUUGAGGAUGAAGAAGAUUCUGGAUCUCAAAACCAGAAAGCGGCUUCUACGAAAUCUUCUAGUGUUUUCUCAAUGUUCAGAGGGCUGGUGGGAAACAAGAGUCUGACCAGGGAGGGGAUGCAGCCAGUGCUGGAGAAGCUGCGAGACCACCUGAUUGCCAAGAACGUGGCAUCUGACAUUUCUAUGAAACUGUGCGACUCUGUGGCUGCCAAACUGGAAGGGAAAGUGAUUGGAACAUUUGAAACCAUUGCCUCCACAGUGAAGAACACACUCACCGAAUCUUUGGUGCAAAUCUUGUCUCCCAGACGUAGGGUGGAUAUACUUCGAGAUGCUAUGGAGGCCAAGAGACAAGGAAGGCCUUUCGUUAUGGCUUUUUGUGGUGUCAAUGGAGUUGGGAAAUCUACCAAUUUGGCAAAGAUUUGCUUCUGGCUGAUUGAAAACAACUUGCGUGUGUUGAUCGCGGCUUGCGACACUUUCCGUGCUGGAGCGGUGGAACAGUUGCGCACCCACACCAGACAUCUCAACGCUCUCCAUCCUCCUGAGAAACAUGAUGGCAUGCAGAUGGUACAACUCUACGAGAAAGGCUAUGGAAAGGACGCAGCAGGUAUUGCAAUGGAAGCAAUCCACUUUGCACGAGAUUCUCGCAUCGAUGUGGUAUUAGUGGACACUGCUGGCAGAAUGCAGGACAAUGAACCUCUCAUGCGUGCCCUGGCUAAGCUGGUGAAAGUGAACGAGCCAGACCUGGUGCUGUUUGUGGGAGAGGCUUUGGUUGGCAAUGAAGCAGUGGACCAGUUGGUCAAGUUCAACCAGGCUAUGGCUGACUACUCUAGCUCCAUCAACCCUCACCUCAUCGAUGGCAUUGUACUUACCAAGUUUGACACAAUUGAUGAUAAGGUGGGAGCAGCCAUAUCCAUGACCUACAUCACUGGGCAACCAAUCGUGUUUGUGGGAACUGGUCAAACCUACACUGACCUCAAGUCUCUCAAUGCUAAAGCAGUUGUCCACGCUCUCAUGAAAUAAUUAUUCACCCUCAGACUUGAUCUUGCCUUUGAGCUGCUCUCACUUGAACCAUGUGGAUUUUUUAUUUUUUGUAGAAUUUUCUGCCAGUUUAAUAGACCUUUUGCAACCAGUUGGGUAUGAGAUACCAUUAUUUAUUAUAUCAUGACAAGAUCAAGAAAAUAUUUAUUAUUGGGAAUAUUAAAAUUUUAUUAAUUUUGAAAGUAUAUAUAAAGGUUUUGAAAUUCC